UUCGCGAAUAGCAUCAUCAACCGUCAGCGACGGGAUAUUGACGACGACGACGGCAACAACAAAGGCGCAAAACCGGUCGCACAAUCCCAGCCGACCCUCAUUCAACUUGAUACUACGAAUGCAGAAGAUAGUGACAAUGUCCUCCACCACCACCACCACCACCACCAACCCCACGGGCCUCGACGCCCUCAACAACCUAAUCACCUCCACCCUCGACCUCAUCACCCGCCUCGAAACCGUCGUCGCCAACAUCACCGCCGAAAACCAGCGCACUUCUGCCCCCUCUUCCACAGAAGCGCCCGCCAACCCCCACCCCGAAAUCAACCCCCUCUCCCUCGCCUCCGACUCCGCCACCCUCCUCCGCGCGCACGCCACCAAGCUCUCGCUCCUCAUCAUCAACGAGCCCUUCACGCCCUCAGCAAUCAUCUCCAUCCUCCGCCAAUUGACCUCCGGCCCGCUUCCGGGGCUCGCCAGCGCCGCGCAAAUCUGUGUUGCUUCGCAAUGGACAAAGACAAUCAGCCAGGAUCUGGGGUACCGGAUUUCGAGGGUGUUGAGGGAGACGAGGGCGUUGGUGGGGAAGAUACCAGGAGAUGGGAAGGCGUUGAAGGACGGGCCGGCCAAGGGUGGGAGGGGAAGCAUUGCCAAUACGGGAACGCUGUGGGCGGCGUGUGAUGAGCUGGUUGCGUUUGCGAAGAGGGGGUUUGGGGGAAACUUGGUAAAGAAGACGGAGGAGUUGAGGGAUACGGUCAAGGAUGUGAUGGAGGAGUUGAAGGAGUGGGGGGAGGAGACGGGGAGUGAUGAUGAGGAUGAAGAGGAGGACGACGACGAAGACGAAGAAGAAGAAGACGAAGGGGUGAAGGAGGUUACACAGUCACUGGAGGCGACAAAGAUUGCGGAUACACAAGCUAUGCUUGACGAUCUGAUGAACUCGUCGAGUUACAUCCCGCGCGACGACCCGGACAAGAUCCGCGAGCGGCUGGACAGCUGUUUGCGCCGGUUGAGGCUGGUGACGCUGUUGUACCAGGCCGUUGGGAAGCGCAGGCUCAAGAGCCUACCGCAGACUGCGCCGGUGGAGGGUUCGGAUCUCCCGACGCGGUUGGACGAGAUCAUGGUUCUGCUCAAGAAGAUCCCCGAGAGGUUCGGUAGUCUGGCUUUGGCGUUUUACGAGUUGGAUCCUGUGGAGAUCGACAAGUUGAUGGAUCAGUGCUUCUUCGACUGCUUUGCUGUGGCUGAGCUGCUGAUUAAGCCAUGGGAUGGCGAGAAGGACGAGUUCUCGGAUUGGGUAGUCAAGUUCCAGGCGGAGGUCAAGAAGGCUUGAAGCUUUGAGGGAGGUUCCGUUUGAGAGGCAGAGGGAGCGUAUAUUUCUCGUACCACGGAGUAUCAUUAUAUACCCAAUAUCCAUUGCCAGUGAAUGGCAGCCAAAGAAAUACCAAAAAGGUCCCGUCUCCGGCUUCAUAUCCUG